AGGUUUCGUCCGGGAGCUAGAGCCCAGGCGCAGCCCCAGCCCCAGCCCCAACCCCAGCCCCAGCCCCAGCCCGAGCCGCGCCGCCCGGCCGCUCUGCCGGCCCCGCCGCUCUGCCCCGUUCCCCCAGCCACAGUCGGCUCGUCUCGCGGCCCCGCGCCCGCCCCCGCGGUCCCUCUGCUCAAUGAAAUUGGCCGCGAUGAUCAAGAAGAUGUGCCAGAGCGACUCGGAGCUGAGUAUCCCGGCCAAGAACUGCUACCGCAUGGUGGUCCUCGGCUCGUCCAAGGUGGGCAAGACGGCCAUCGUGUCGCGCUUCCUCACGGGCCGCUUCGAGGACGCCUACACGCCCACCAUCGAGGACUUCCACCGCAAGUUCUACUGCAUCCGCGGCGAGAUCUACCAGCUCGACAUCCUCGACACGUCCGGCAACCACCCCUUCCCCGCCAUGCGGCGCCUCUCCAUCCUCACUGGUGAGCCGGGGCGGCCGGGCAGCGGGCGGGGGAGGGAGCGCGCCGCCGCAAUGACAAACGUCCUGCUCUCUCCGGCUCUGCAAAGCUGCCGGGCGGGUUCAGCAGGCACGCACCCCUCCCUCAUGUGCCCUUCUGGCCCCAGCUAG